AUGCGGAUACUUGUUCCGUCGCUGCGAUCGCUACUCCAAAAGGCCGUCAUCGUUCGUCCGACCCACCAAUUCAGCGCUUUCCGUCAUUUUUCUUUUAGUAUUGCUAUGAACUCGCAACCAGCGCCUCUCGACGCCAGUCGUGUCGUGAUCAAGAAGUCUGAAUCACCUAAGGAAUGCCCCGCGCCACAAAACCUAGUGUUUGGCAAGACUUUUACAGACCACAUGCUGAAGGUAUCCUGGAACAAGCAGACUGGUUGGGCUGAACCUUCUAUCGAGCCUUACGCUCCACUGUCACUUGAACCAAGUGCUGUUGUUCUGCACUACGCCCCCACAUUGUUCGAAGGUAUGAAGGCAUACCGUGAUGAUCAGGGACAGGUGCGCUUGUUCCGUCCUGAGAAAAACAUGGAACGCAUGAAUCGGAGUGCUAAGCGUAUUUGUCUCCCCUCCUUUGAGGGGGAAGAAUGUUUGAAGCUGAUCAAGAAGCUUAUACAAAUUGACAGCCGUUGGGUGCCGUCAGAACCUGGUUACUCGCUGUACAUUCGUCCCACUCUUAUCGGCACACAAAGCUCUAUUGGCAUUUCGGAACCCACGGAUGCGCUCUUAUUUGUUAUUUUGUCGCCUGUGGGCCCGUACUACUCGUCGGGCGUGAAGCCCAUUGCUUUGGAAGCCAACCCACAAUAUGUGCGUGCCUGGCCCGGCGGAACGGGCGAUGCCAAGCUAGGUGCAAACUAUGGUCCUAGUAUGAUGCCUCAGAAGGAGGCUGCUGCGCGUGGAUAUAGUCAGAUUCUGUGGCUGUUUGGUGAAGAGGACUAUGUUACGGAAGUUGGCACAAUGAACAUGUUUGCUGUGUUGAAGAAAGAUGACGGUGCCUGGGAAGUGGUGACACCUCCUCUCAAUGGCCUGAUUUUGCCAGGUGUAACACGUCUCUCAAUCCUCGAGUUGCUCCGCGCUCAUCAAAAGGGUGAGAUCCAGUUGGACAAUGUGCCUAAAAUUGAAGUGAAUGAGCGCGACAUUACCAUGAAGGAAGUGGUUGAGGCCUCUAACUCGGGCAAAUUGGUCGAGAUGUUUGGUGCUGGUACCGCUGCCGUCGUGACUCCCGUGGAUCGCAUUGGAUACAAGGGCAAGGAUAUUCAUGUGCCCGUGACUUCGUCGGGCUUUGGCACAGUGACAGAGGCUGUACUCAAUAAGAUAAUGGCCAUUCAAUGGGGUAAGGAGCCACAUGCCUGGUCGGUGCCUAUAUAA